GUCCUGCAAGUGUGAACUGGAGUGGUGCCGGGGAUUCAGGGGCCCGAGGUGGGCUUUGUGGCCCCUUGUGCCCAGUUCUCUGCUAUUGUUGUUCACAGACUCCAGUUACCUUAUUGUUUCCUUGACUGUUGUCACUUGUGUCUAGUGAGAAUGUGUGACAUUAUGUCUGUGGAGCAGCUGCCGCAGAACCUCUUGGAAGGUUUUACCAGUUAUGAAAAUGAGAUUUUUGAAUCGAAUUAUUUGGAACUAGAAGAACUCCCAGAUACUGAUGAGCCCGUUUACAUUCUGGGAAAACAGUAUGACAUUAAAACAGAAAAAUGUAAUCUUCUCUCAGACAUUACCUCCCGUUUGUGGUUUACAUAUAGAAAGAAGUUUUCUCCCAUAGGUGGAACGGGACCUUCGUCUGAUGCUGGCUGGGGAUGUAUGCUGAGAUGUGGACAGAUGAUGCUGGCACAGGCCUUAAUCUGCCAGCAUUUAGGCAGAGAAUGGAGAUGGGAAAAACAUAGAAAACAGCCAGAAGAAUAUUACCAAAUCCUACAGUGUUUUCUAGACAGAAAAAACAGUUGUUAUUCCAUUCAUCAGAUGGCACAGAUGGGAGUUGGAGAAGGAAAGUCUAUAGGAGAAUGGUUUGGACCAAAUACUGUGGCUCAGGUUUUAAAGAAACUUGCUGUGUUUGAUGAGUGGAACUCAUUAGCUGUCUAUGUUUCCAUGGACAACACGGUGGUCAUCGAAGAUAUAAGGAAAAUGUGCCGCUAUCAGCCACAUAGGUGGAGCACAGUGCAGAGCAAACCUUACACACACCAAAGUGCUUGGAGCAGAGACCCAUCAGAGCAGUGUUCUGCCUGGAGGCCGCUGCUGCUAGUUGUACCACUGCGUCUGGGAAUUAACCACAUUAACCCUGUUUAUAUCGAUGCUUUUAAGGAAUGUUUUAAAAUGCCACAGUCACUAGGAGUAUUAGGUGGAAAACCAAAUAACGCCUAUUAUUUCAUAGGCUUUUCAGGGGACGAGCUUAUUUACCUAGAUCCUCACACAACGCAGACCUUUGUGGACACAGAAGAAGCUGGCACGGUGCAGGAUCAAACGUACCACUGCCAAAAAAAUCCUAAUAGGAUGAAGAUUCUGAAUCUGGACCCCUCAGUAGCAUUAGGAUUUUUUUGCAAAGAAGAAGCAGAUUUUGAUACUUGGUGUACUACCGUAGAGAAGGAAAUAUUAAAGAAUCAGAGUUUACGGAUGUUUGAACUUGCACCAAAGCACCCUCCUCACUGGCCUCCAUUCAUCCCACCAACCAAGCCAGAGGUCUCCACAACAGGUGCCGAACUAAUUGAAUCCACUGAUAAACUGUUUGAAGAGGAAGAGUUUGAGAUCCUGACCGUGUGACAAGGUUUCAAGUGUUGACUAUUAGUGGAUCGCUGAUACUCCAACCUUUGCUAGCCAGAAAGUGCCUCAAACACGAUCGAUCACAGAGCACAAUCCAGGGGCAUUGGACUAACGGCAGAAGUUGUAUGGAAACCUCCAUGGGGAGAAUCACACCGCUACCUUGCAUGUUCCUGUCUCUGGGAUCACACAGCAGGUUGUUUACAGCCACACUCAGUGUGUCCAAGGAGCUGGUUGUCAGACACUUGGGCUUAAGUCGUUGCAGGCCAGUGUAUUCUACAGUAUAUCAGUAGCGACAAUGGUUGCCUGUUCCUUUAGCAAUACCCUAACCCAUAGUAGCCUACGGGAUUUUUGCAUAUUAUUUAACACUUCCAUGCUGGAAAACUGUAUGUAAUUUGUAAGACUCAUAACAAUAAUUUGGGGUUUCUACGUA